AUGGCUCAAGAAGAUGCUUCUCUACGAUCUCUCGUGGGGAAAGCAUAUGUUCGAGGUGUCUCACCUGCAAAGCUCGUCAAACUUCUCCCUCAAUGGCUCAAGAAACACAACCAAAACCCUUCCGAUUCAUCCAGUCUCAUCGCCCAUACCCUACUUCAACGUCUCACUGGCGAUAAUCCCCCUUCCUUGAUCUUUUCUUACCUCACCUUUUCCCUUCAAUCCGGUCUCGUCACAGCCCGGAACAUCAUCUUCGAACUUCUUUUCAUCCUCAACUCUGAAGGUCCCCUUUCCAUCUACAUUCUCACAUCCAUAUCUAGUUUAGUGCUGGCUAAUCCUACUGGAUUAGGACCCUCUGAGCCCCUUCCUUCCCAUCUCACUCACCCUCCUGCUCCCACACCGGAAAUUGGCACAUCUGCAUCUGCUUCCUCACCCCCACCAACCUCUUCUACCACCCUCGGGUUACUUCUAUCUCUGAUACGACUAUGUGCAGACCCAUCCGCUCCUCCACCCGCUCCCUUGAUAGGGUUAGUCUCUCACUUACUGUCUUUAUUACACCCCUAUCCUGUCCCGCCUCUCGACGUUGGUCUGGCGGCAGGGCAACUCAUGGCGACUGCCCCGGACGUCAUUGCCAUACCCCUUAAAAAUUGUCUUGCGGGUUUGAUGGCUGAAAUGACAUUCGCUCAGGACAUGGGUCCGCUACUUCCUCAUGUGAGCGGGUUUGAACGUGUGCCCUCCGGCAUGGAUGGGACAGAGGAACAGAUGGCCAUGGAUCCCAAAUCCACAUCAGUUAAAGACUCAUCUGUCAACAUCCCCCUCAUGGAGAUUAUUCGCUAUCUACUCGCAUAUGUCGAAUAUUCCGACCGAUUCUCCGAGAAUCAUAGUUACCUCGAAAGCACAGCAAAACCAUCUCCCAACUUCAUUCAUACAAUCCAUGUCGCUCGACACUUUCUUCCUGAUCCACGGCUGUUUGUGGUGCAUCUCUUACAAUGCGCUAUCAGAUCUAUGGCCGUGGAAGCUUCCCCACUUUCGAAAAAUACCGCUUUUGCUGCGUUGGUGGAAAGAUCAGUCGGAUCUGAAAUGGAACUGUCCGGUGAGAGCGAUUAUGAUCAAAAUGAUUUACCAACCAUACUGGACGAAACCUUCAACUCGGACGCGUCAUCUCUGCAGGACCUCAACUCGUGGAUUCAAGUGACAUAUCAAGAAUUGCUAGCCAAUGCUGCAGCGGAGGACGAAGGAGGUGGAUUCAUUCAACCCGCAGGAUGGUCUCUAGCUACAAUACAAGAUGUUGUAACCCGGCGUCUGAUUGAUUUGGGCUUGCUGGAUGAAGGGCAAGCACCUAGCAGGCCUCCGGAAUCUGAUCCUUCGUCCUGCGAGAGCCUCUCGAUUCGUUACUCGACGUGCCCUACCUCCCAUUUACCUGUCCUAUGCCAUCUGAUCUGCUUUGGCAAAGGCACUAGCCGAUCCUUCGCCUCAGAACUAGUCAACUGUAUACAAACAUGUCCUGGUGCACCUCCUCCAGAUAACUUAUUUUCCCGCCUCAGCGAGGACAGCACGGUUCUCGCUACUCUCACAGCAUAUAUCCAACCUCCCGACCUACUUCUUCUGCUGGACCAACACCUUUUGAACGCCCCUGAUGAUCCCGCCGCUCGAGCGGAGGAUCCUCAAGGAUGUCUAGCCAAAUUCGGCGAAGGGUUCAGUCUCACUGAGAACGUCGUGGCUCUUUUUGAUGUGAAUAAUAUACUCUCUGCAAGUCUUCCGCACCCUGCUCUGCUGCAAGAUGCGCGGACGGCGUUAGACUGGGCCGAUUUAUCAAGUGAGGAGAGAGGGCUGGUGAGCGGCUGGGUGAAAGCAUUGUUUGGGUCAGAGGGUAUAGACGAUCAAGUCCUAGUGGCGACGUCUCCUGUGAAUUUCUGUCGACUAGCUUGCUGCCUCAUCCAACAAGCUAUCCGAGCUGUCAUAUUGGGUCAAAUAGAGCUUGAAACGCUCCAUAACGGGUUGUCAUAUUUCUCUCAAAACCUGCUUAGUUGGUGUCUUGGUGGAAUCGUUGCUUGGUUAUGCGAAGAGAUUGCGCGUCAAGGAAAAUUGUCAGCUAUCCAUUUUGUGGUUCUGGGUAGUCUUGUCCUUAGUGACUCUUUUCCGGAAAGCCUCUUGCGGGCCAAUGCCCCCGCCAUAUUGGCUAUCAUAGAAGGGAAUUCUUAUUUGGUUGAAGUCAUUCAAAGCUCCGGAUUCGAUGCGUCUGCCGUACGAGACAAGGUGAUCAAAUCACUAUUACCUGGAACACCGAUGAUGUCCAGCCGGGCCGAGCCUCGACUACAAGAUGAUCUUCAAAUUAUACGACAUCUGGAACUUGCCGAUUCAACCUGGCCCUUACGAGUGUUGUCCUCUAUGAACCAGACGAUCACAUCAGAAGGUCCCGAUGUCACGGCUAAGAUGAUCAUGAACGAAGUCUUAUUCCCUCCCCCCUCUAUCUCCCAAUCUUCAGAUCCUCUCAUAACAUUUUCGACGUUACUCCUCACGUUACCUCUAUCGCAGGACGACGACCGACCUCUAAUUGCUUCUAUCACAGGGGAUCUCCUACCGCAGAUUUUGUCGACUCCUUUGAGCGAGACCCAGGUCGAGGUGUUCACCAAGGUGCUGAAGCGAUGUCUUGUGGUCGUCUUUGACAUCGAUGACCGAACUGGGAGAUGGACCGAGGAGUUGGUUAAUGAACUGAUGGAACGGAGAAGUAAGGAAAUGGCUCGUGUAAAGUUGGAGAAGUUGAAAAUGAAGAAGGGUUGGAAGAGACCUAAAUGGCAGACGAUGAGGACGGAUGUAGAGAUGGUUUGUAGGCAAUUGGCGGAUGAGGAAGUGGUGGGGGUUUUACCUAUAUUACGGAAGUUAUCUUGA